AUGGGUCAGGAAGCAACACCACCUUCUGAACCGAGUUUGGAGAACUUCGAGAAUAUCUACCUCGACCUGUCAAGACAACCCGGCCGGUGUCGUCUAGCAGAGAGCGGACUCGGUUGGAAGCCCAGUGGAGCGAGUGAGCCUUUCACUCUAGACAGCAACCAGAUCGGCGCGGCGCAAUGGAGUCGAGCAGCAAAAGGCUAUGAACUGAAGAUCAUCACCCGCGAUGCCGCUGUCAUUCAACUCGACGGGUUUGAACAAGAUGAUUUCGACCGUGUGUCGAAAGCCUUCAAGAUCUGGUAUGGCAUCAACGUGGAGAACAAGGAGCAUGCGCUGCGAGGGUGGAACUGGGGUAAAGCCGAGUUUGGACGAUCGGAACUGGCUUUCAAUGUCCAGAACAGACCAGCUUUUGAGAUCCCCUACUCAGAAAUCUCAAACACGAAUCUGGCAGGCAAGAAUGAGAUCGCCGUCGAGUUCAACCUUGGUCCAGAUGGGACACAGAAUGGCACAAAUGGCCACAAGCCCGGAAGCACGAAGAACCGAGGCCGCAAGGCAGCUGCAGGUCGGGAUGAACUCGUUGAGAUGCGCUUCUAUAUCCCAGGCACUGUCUCAAAGAAAGAGGUGAACGGAGAGGAGGGCAGUGGCGCCGAAGACGAGGACGAAGAGGAACAAAAUGCCGCCAACUUGUUUUAUGAGACCCUGAUGGACAAGGCAGAGAUCGGAGACGUCGCAGGCGCCACGUUUGCAACCUUCCAGGAUAUAUUACAUCUCACUCCCAGAGGGCGUUUCGACAUUGACAUGUACGAGAAUUCUUUCCGCUUGCGUGGUAAGACAUACGACUACAAGAUCCAGUACCAGUCCAUCAAGAAAUUCUUCAUCCUGCCCAAGAACGACGAAAUGCACACGCUCAUUACCCUUGGCCUGGAGCCCCCUCUCCGGCAGGGCCAGACGAGGUAUCCAUUCAUCGUGAUGCAAUUGAAACUGGACGAUGAAGUGAACCUGGACCUGAACAUGACGGAAGAGCUCCUACAAACUAAAUACAAGGACAAACUGGACGCCCACUACGAAGCCCCCAUUCACCAUGUCAUUGCCAAGGUCUUCAAGGGACUGACGGGCAAGAAAAUCAUCAUGCCCUCCAAAGACUUUGUCAGUCAUCAUAACAUGAAUGGGGUUAAGUGCUCCAUCAAGGCCAAUGAAGGAUUACUUUUCUGCUUGGACAAGAGCUUCAUCUUCGUGCCCAAACCCGCCACCUACGUCUCGAUCGACACGAUACAAAGUAUUACCAUGUCACGGGUCGGCGGAGCUUUGGCGGCCAGCCGAACAUUUGACAUCACCAUGACCUUGAAGAACGGUGCGGGAGAGCAUCAGUUCAGCAAUAUCAACCGUGAGGAGCAACAGCCGUUGGAGGCGUUUUUCCAGGCAAAGGGUAUCCGGUUCAAGAACGAGAUGCUCGACGAUUCCUCGGCUUUACUGAAGGCUGCACUUCAAGACCAGGACCUUGCUUCCUCGGAUGAGGACGAUGAUGCUGGAGUAAACCGCGGUUCUGCGGACGAGGAUGAUGACUCACCAGAUGAGGACUUCCAAGCUGAAUCGGAAAGUGAUGUUGCCGAAGAAUAUGAUUCGGCCCACGAGAGCGAUGGUAGUGAUGCAGCUAGCGAUGCGGACAUGGCUGAUGCCGACGACGAUGCUGCUGGCGGGAGCGAGGACGAUGAGGAAGAGCAACGACCGCCAAAGAAGAAGGCGAAGAAAUAG